AUGCACUUGUACUUCACCGUGCUCGUGGCUAGUGUCACAACUUUGACAAGCACCGAAUGUCGUGUGGUGGCGUCUGGUCUUCGUGCCACGAACACUACGCACCUAGCUUUGGUUUCGGCUACCGAUAAGCACGACACCGUUCUCACCGAAACAAGUCCUCGAGCACCGGACACAAUGGACGGUGAAGAAAGGGUGAUUAUUACGGAGAUCGAGAGCGAGCUUCCUGCGGAGGUCGAGAGCGUGCUUCCUGCGGAGAUCGAGAGCGUGGUUGAAUACGGCGAAGAUUUCUUCGGCAUCGCCCAUCCGACGCAGUCUGUGACGCCGCUUUCCACAGUUCUCAGCAGUGAAAGAGUCGUGUGGCUUGAGCAAAGCCGAGUGGGCAAGAUAUAUCCGGGGCGCGGAGAGAAGAGAAUUCUUACGGUAGACGAUUUGUCAGAUUUUUUUGAACGGUUUCACUCGUUCGAAGCAGAUGUAGAAAGCAGGAAACUUUCUGUUUCCGAAGGCAUUAAUAAGUACGGAGAAGACGUUGCGGCAAGUUACAUAGGGGGACGUGCACUAGUCGAUGACAAGAGAGAGAAACAUGACAGCUUUAUACAGCAUAUGGUCGAACAAUUACUUCAGCACUGGCGGAAGCAGAGAAAACUUCCCGACGAUGUCCUCAGGUCGCUAAAGGUUCCUACCGACUCUUUCGAAGCCAAUAUUUCCUACAUGCUAAAGGCGCUGGAGCGCUAUAUCGAGUUAGCCAACAAUUUUUUUGCGUCACAUAGACCCGUUGACAGCGCGAUACGGACGUAUUGGACCCUAUUUCAGGUGCUCUUGGAGGACAUGGGCGACGCAGUUCUAUCCAGGGUGUUGUAUCGUACGAACAGAGACCGUCGUUCGGACCGAGACGAGGCGUUGUGGGCAGAGAUGAUGGAUGAUUGGAGGAGAAGGAAUUUGAAGGCCGACGACUUGGUCACAAUGCUGGAACUCGACAACACAGCGAGUCAGUCUUAUGACGUCGACGUGGCGAUAUACGAGAUAUACACAGGGACAAAGUUUGUAGAUCGCCCGAAGCGAUUGGAGAAGCCGAUAGACAAGAAAAAGACACUCGUAUAG